AGAGCUCAGAUGAAAUCAAAAGAACGAUAAAGCGUGGAGGAGAAGACGACGCUGCAGUUGCUUUCCUGGUCUGCAGUUCGGCAGGGCAUUAAGAUGUCCGUGGACAUGAACAGCCAGGGCUCUGACAGCAAUGAAGAGGAUUAUGACCCUAAUUGCGAGGAGGAGGAAGAGGAUGAGGAUCCGGGGGAUAUUGAGGAUUAUUAUGAUGGGGUAGCUAAUGACGUGGAGCAGCAGGGAGCAGAUGCCUUUGAUCCAGAGGAAUAUCAGUUCACCUGCCUGACUUACAAGGAGUCGGAGAGCACGCUGAAUGAACACAUGGCCAGCUUGGCUGCCACGUUAAAGGUAUCGCAUGCUGUUGCAAAGCUUGUGUUAGUUAGUUUCCACUGGCAAAUCUCAGAGAUUUUGGAAAGGCACAAGUCAAAUGCUGCCCAGUUGCUAGUAGAAGCACGAGUUCAGCCCACCUCAUCCAAACAUGCAAUGGUACAUUCCUCCCAUCACUGCGCAGUGUGCAUGCAGUUUGUGCGGAAGGAGAACUUGCUUUCUCUGGCUUGUCAGCACCAGUUCUGUCGCAGCUGCUGGGAGCAGCAUUGUACAGUGCUUGUCAAGGAUGGUGUUGGAGUUGGGGUCUCCUGCAUGGCUCAGGACUGCCUACUUCGGACACCAGAAGACUUUGUUUUUCCAUUGCUGCCUAGUGAAGAGCUGAAAGACAAAUACAGGCGCUACCUCUUCAGGGACUAUGUGGAGAGCCAUUACCAGCUGCAGCUGUGUCCUGGUGCAGAUUGCCCCAUGGUCAUACAGGUACAGGAGCCAAAAGCCCGGCGAGUGCAGUGCAAUCGUUGCAAUGAGGUCUUCUGCUUUAAGUGUCGGCAGAUGUACCACGCACCCACAGACUGUGCCACCAUCCGGAAAUGGCUCACCAAAUGUGCAGAUGACUCCGAAACAGCCAACUACAUCAGUGCUCACACUAAAGAUUGUCCGAAGUGCAAUAUCUGUAUUGAAAAGAAUGGAGGCUGCAAUCACAUGCAAUGCUCCAAAUGCAAGCAUGACUUCUGCUGGAUGUGUCUGGGAGACUGGAAGACUCACGGCAGCGAGUACUACGAAUGCAGUCGGUACAAAGAGAAUCCUGAUAUUGUAAACCAGAGUCAGCAAGCACAGGCCAGGGAGGCCCUUAAGAAGUACUUGUUCUAUUUUGAGAGGUGGGAGAAUCACAAUAAGAGUUUGCAGCUGGAGGCACAGACAUACCAACGAAUCCAGGAGAAAAUUCAGGAAAGAGUCAUGAACAACUUGGGAACAUGGAUAGACUGGCAAUACCUACAAAAUGCUGCAAAGCUACUUGCAAAGUGUCGUUACACUCUGCAGUACACAUAUCCAUAUGCCUACUACAUGGAGUCUGGUCCCAGAAAGAAACUGUUUGAAUACCAACAGGCCCAGCUGGAGGCUGAAAUUGAAAAUCUCUCAUGGAAGGUGGAGCGAGCAGACAGCUAUGACAGAGGGGACUUAGAGAAUCAGAUGCACAUAGCAGAGCAGAGACGGAGGACCCUGCUGAAAGACUUCCAUGAUACAUAAAAGAGGAGAAAAUGACAAAGUGCAGGGGUGAGAGCAGCAAGUGAAGUGAUGGCAGCUUCACCGGGAUAAGCAGGCACUGCCUCUGGGAGAACAUGGCCAAGGACAGAGCCACCCCUCCCCUUGCGAGUCAGACACACGCAAACAUCACAUCUUAGUCCAGUUUGUUCUCUUAUCUUUCUGUUUGUUUCCGCCAUGCUAGAGGCCAGAGUUCAGAUUGGCAUAUUUCCUGGGACAUUUCCCUCCUGCCCUCAAUGGUUUCAGAAGGGGAGGGAGUUUUUCUCUGAAUGGCUGUUAAUAGUAUUAGAUCAAUACAAUUUAUGUAAUUUUCAACGGUUGUACAAUUAUACAGACAAACCUUAGAAUAACACACAACCCUUUUUAAAAAUAAAUUGGCAGUGGAGUGUUUUUCCUUAAUCUGCUUGUAAAUUUAAUGGGCUUUUCCCUCUCUCCUCCUUCCUUCCUCUGAACCAAAAAUCCUCCUAGGCACUGAAGGAGGUUACAAAAUAACUCAGCUAGAUUUCCUGAUGCUCCUUUAACCAGGACAUUGUAGCAUUGGCAUUGCAUGAGGAGAGUGGCUGGUGCUAAGAAUGGCUGCUGCUGUGUCUGAUCUGGCAGUACGAGCAGUGUCUGUGACUUAGUCCAAUUACAUGUGACAUGUCUUCUUGAAUAUCAGCUGUGCAAAAUCUUGCUACACAAACAAAAACAAGCAGAGGAAUUGUAGGGGAGAGAGCAGGUUAUCUCUAAGCCAGGUCAGAUUCUGCAUUUGAUAAAUUUUAGGUCUUCCAUAUAGAUUUUUUUGCUUUACUUGUUUUUGUGGGGAGGGCGUUGUAUUGCCAAAGUGAGUGAUGAGGGAAUAGUAGCAUACAGAUGUUAUCAAGGCUUGGGGCUUUUGCAGAGUGAAACAAUCCAUGUCAUAACAGUGCCAUGCAAUGUGGUAAAGUAUAUUUGUGCCUGCUGGGUGACAUGGUUGAGAAAAUUUGAUCCCAUUAAUUGAUAUGAAACUAAACUCCGCUACUUUAUGAGGAGCAAAUAUUAUGUACAACACACUCCCUGGCACAUGUUGGACAGGCACUAGAAUACAGAUGCACUGUUGUGCAGAGCCUGCACCAAGCCAGGCAGAAAAUUAACUUGCAAAAUUAAUUUAUUUGUAUAUUAGUAUCAAUACUGGUGGGAACUUAUCAGAAAAUUGAUUGCUAGGAGCAUGUGGAGCUUUUUUAUUAACAUUCUUUUUUCUAAUGUAAAAUAUACACUAAAAUAAAAAUAUGAAAACCUAGUUCAUCUUAGUAGAGGUUAACAUGAAAAAGGUUACUUAAAUGCUGAUGCUUGCCUCUUUGCUGUAGGAAGCAGGCCACGGGUUAAGAUUUCACAAGCAUGUAUGUCACCUGCACCAGGAACACGCUGUACACAGCCAGUGAAGGUGAAGCUGGAGUGUCUGAUUUGAGGAAAUCACUUCUGUGGGGGACUUGUGGCAUUCUCUUCCAUGCUGUUCAUGGAAGUGUAACCUUUGAUGCGUCCCUGUGUAUUGUUUUUAUACAGUUUCACUUGACAAAGAUUAAACUGAAGGGGAAAAAGUACUAAAUUCCUGCAUGUCCAAAUAAGCUAACUGCUGCUGGAGCCUUUUUCAUGUACCUGAGAUGUGUGAGCCAAGUUUUUGCAGCAUGUAUAAUUGGGCAGAUGGAUUUGAACAAGAGAUGUUUGGUUUAAGAAAAUAGCUGCCUUUGAAGCUAAUCCUGUGGCCGUGCUUGCUCGUGGUAGAAAAUUUCCAUCUAAGAGGCCUUGCUCUUUCCAUCUCCCUUCUGUGCUGUAGGAUGUAUCCUCAGGAACGUGCUGCCAAAGAGCUGCUGGCAGUGGAGCAGGGAUAGGAACAGAAGCAGCACCUGUACAAGGUCUCUUAUGUUUCUGCUCUGGGUGGUUUUGGCUCCCAUCUGGGCUGAAGCCAUGGGGGUAGGUAUGUCCUUGCUCCAGCCACUGCCUCCUGAAUUCAUGCCCUCCUCUGCUCCCAGCAACAGCAUCUUUGUGCCCUGCUCAGAAUAUAUUCCAGAGAUUGGUCAAAUGGACCUUUGUCUCCUCCUCCUAAAUGCUUGUCAAAAUUUGGGACACAGGGCAAGGGAUAGCUCAGGGGAGAGCCUGCUGAGACCCAGCAGCUUGCAGUGUGUUGAGCUAACGUUUAAACUGUUCUUUGAAGAUGUUUUUUAACGUGCAAAGUACUAAUCUGGGAUAAAAACUGGUGUUCUUGUUGUCUAAAUGUAACUAGCAUAACGCCAGUCUCUCUGCAGAACAGAUACUUGGUGUUUCCUAAUCCCAAAGAGCUCUCACUUUUCUUACAUAAUUGCCAGGCUUUGAGCUAUACUAGAAUGAGGUUUUGUCUCUCUCUACCUCCUCUUUGCCUCCCUCCAUUGCCCCCACAAAAUGCUUUGCCAUGAAUCCUUGUUUGUAGAAAAACUGGACUAUGUAGCUGUGGCCAAAUGUGCUGAACAGACUGCUGAGAUGCUUGGCUGAGGAACGGUACUACAUGUUGCACUGAGUGCCCCUUAAUUCUUUCAGCAUUUUUGAAGCUUUAGCCAGUUCUAUUUGCUUUAAAACAAAACAAAUCACACCCUUUCUUAGGGUGAUGGUUGUCCUGGUUUGCACACACAAAUCCCAUUUCCAUGCUCUCUGGGACAACAACAGCACUUCGUUGCUGUUGCAGCCCAGGCAGGGUGCCUGCUGUAUCGAUGUCACGCAGAGUUGUAAACUCCAGAACAGAACCUGCAGAGCACAGGGAGCUUUGGCUCUUCGUGUAAAGUGGUGCUGUUUGAAAGGCUACAACAGGAAGGAGUUGCAGUAUCAAAAGACAAGGCUAAGUUUUUUUUCCCUUCUAACGGGUACGCAGCCCUAUUCAAGUCAGCAGGGUUAUGUGACCAUAGGUGCUCAGUGCCUCAGGAGCCAUUUGUUCAGAGGUAUAAAAUUCCCUUCAAUGCAUUACUGCUACAGAUGUGGAAUGUUUGCUCUUCUUUUUCUUUCUGCAUUUGUCUCUCCCUGCCUGCCUGCCAUCUCUCCAUCCGUGCAUCUGGCGCUCCUCAUUUCAGCUUUGCUCGUAUUAUGCGUUGGCUGCCUCACCUCUGAUGGUCCUCAGGCUUCCCAAACUGUAACAAAAUUUUUUUUACCGAUAACAUAAACUGCAUGACUGCUGCUCUGUCCUCGCAUAGGGCCGGGGGCAGCAGGAGGUUUCUGUACUAUAGCCUCGCGCUCUAAAUUUUAGACUUUUUAAGCAGGUGAAAAAUAGAACUUUAUUUUUAAAUGAGGCACUCGUUCUGGGAGUUCCUUUCCUCGCCCCGCUCCGGUUGAGAUCGCGGGACAGCGCUGGAGGAGGGCUGCCGCGUACCCCCACACGCCGCAGGAGGGCUGCUAAUCUAUUUCCUCCUCGCUUCUCUUUGAAGGCACCGGAUAGGGGCAGGGGCGGUGGAAACCGCCCGGGAGACGGUUGCCAGACGCGCGCCCUCGGUUUAUUUGCAAUAAAUGGUAACUUUUUAA